AGAUUGUGAGUGUUUUCGUUUUUUGUGUGCAAAAAGCAUGGAUUCUGAAAUUUUGCAAUUCACCCCUUUUGCAUCCUUUGUGCAUCCUUCCUUUUGGCACAAGCUAUCAGAAAAUAAAUUAAAUGUUGACAAACUCUGUGAUUCUGCCAAGAAAAUCUACGGAUUCUACAGCAACAUCGAUGCUAGCAAUUGCCUUUUGGAAGUCGAAUAUACAGCCUUCAAUCAGGUGUUUGAGCCACCAAAGAAUUGCUUCAACGCCUACGGAGUGCUCCACAAUAAGAACACAAUCGAGGACUUCAAGAAUGUGGAUAAAAACAGAAUUCUCCAGGAGGAAGGGAAUCAAAUUAGACUUCUUGUUGACAGUGGACAAUGCCUAAGGGAUCCGAGUCUUCUUGCCAACUUCCUAAUCCUCUCGUAUGCUGAUUUGAAGAAAUACAAAUUUUACUAUUGGUUCGCUUUCCCAGCUCCUGCUGAAGCUAAUUUAUUCACAAGCAAACCAGCUACAAAGAUUUCUGAUACAUUCAGUGGGGAUCAAAUUAAGGAGAUCCAGGAGAAAUAUCUCGACAUUGAAGAUACAAAGUUUAGAUCAUUUUUUAUCCUUGAAGUCCUUACAAAUGGCUUCAAAACUCACCAGCUCUCAGAUUUAAUUAGCACGAGUGACAAAGAGAAAAAUCUCAAGGGAAUUGAUGUGCAGAAGAUUUACUUUGCGUUCUCAGAUCCCUCUGAAAAUCCCAAUCCAGGAUGGCAGUUGAGGAUUUUUGCAGCAGUUCUUUCGCACUUUUGUCCAAUUCUAUGCGGGAGUGUGAUCAAUUUUCUCGCUAUCAGAUUGAAGCGUCAAAUGACCAUUGAUGAGUCGAUUGUGUACGUGGCCAGAAUGUCGGAAAAGCCGAUUGAUUUCAGCAAUGAGAUCAAGUGGAUUGGCUGGGAGCCAAAUGAUCAUGGAAAGUACGUUCCACGGAUUGCAUCAAUGGCCAAUUCAAUGGACCCAGAGAAGCUGGCAGAAACAUCUGUUAAUCUCAAUUUAAAACUAAUGCGUUGGCGGCUUGUUCCUGAACUCAAUUUGAGUGCAAUUUCCGACACAAAGUGUCUCCUUUUGGGUGCUGGAACACUGGGAUGUUCCGUUGCGAGGAAUCUCCUUGCAUGGGGCGUCAAUUGUAUCACCCUCGUUGACAAUGGGAAUGUAUCUUAUUCCAAUCCUGUACGACAGAACCUCUUUAAGCACGAAGAUGCAGAAUUUGCACGACCAAAAGCUUCAACAGCUGCAAAACGUCUCUUGGAAAUUUAUCCAGCUCUUAACACUAAAGGAAUAACGCUGCACAUUCCAAUGCCAGGACAUCCCAUUUCUGAUACAACGAAAGGAAACACCGUGAAAGAUAUUGAAACCCUUGAAAAACUAAUACUGGAGCACGAUGUAAUUUACCUCCUAAUGGAUUCAAGGGAAAGUCGAUGGCUUCCAACAGUUCUGGGUGCUUUCCAUGGCAAAAUUGUUCUCAAUGCUGCCCUAGGGUUCGAUAGCUACCUCGUAAUGCGGCAUGGAACAAGGAAAAGCCCCCAGGAGGCAAUUGAUUAUGAGAAAUACAAAAGAAAGGGAUUAAAAUGCAUUCCAGGAGACCUCUUGGGUUGCUACUUUUGCAAUGAUGUCACAGCUCCGGGAAAUUCCAUGCGUGAUCGAACUCUUGAUCAGCAGUGCACCGUAACACGACCAGCAGUUAGCAACAUUGCAGGAUCACUUGUUGUUGAGCUAAUGACAACCCUCCUUCAGCAUGAAUUGCGUGAAUUUGCUCCUGCAUUCGUUAGUGCAGCGUCUGCAAAGAAUGCCGAAGAUUCUGACCCAAUACCUGAAGGAAUUCUCGGUAUCUUACCACACUCAAUCCGCGGUGUAAUAUCGUCCUUUGAACAAAUUUUACCUGCCACUGAAAAGUUUUCAAACUGCAUUGCAUGCUCACAAAAAAUCCUUGAGGAGUAUUCAAAGAGGAAGAUUGAUUUUAUUCUGGAUGCUCUGAACUCAUCGAAAUAUUUGGAGGAUAUUACAGGAAUUACAGAGAUGAUGAAGGAGAGCCAUGAAGAUAUUAUUGAAUGCUUAGAUUCAGAUUUGGAGCUUUCUGAAUAAAUUUAAUUAAUAUUGUAUUUAGGGGAAUUUGGCUAUUCUGCAAGGAAAUAAAAAUAUUAUCUUUUUUUAAAGACAAGUAUUGUAAGAAAAAGUUUUAUAACGAUUAAUUUCCAAUACAUUUUUGUGCUUAGU